AUGCAUACAGCUGGGGGUGUCAUUCUGAUGUGGGAUAUAAGGGUUUUUGAGAGAGUAGAUUCAGUGGUUGGAAGUUUUUCAAUUUCAAUUUUGUUGAAGGGAGUGUCAGAUGGCUUUGAAUGGAUUUGUUCAGGUGAGUAUGGACCAACUGACGGAAGUCUUAGGGAUGCAAUGUGGGCAGAAUUAGAUUUAGUGACAUCACAGUGGGCUGGGGCUUGGUGCUUGUUUGGUGAUUUCAAUGUUUUCUGUUACCCGGCUGAGAGAUUUGGCUAUAAUUCUUUUAGUCCAGUUAUGUUUAAAUUCUCAGAUUUCAUUGCAAAACAUUCGCUGAUUAAUUUGCCUUUGGUAGGAGAUUGGGAAGAGCAUUUCUUAGAUGUGACUCAAAGGACUCUCCCUAGGGGGGUGUUGGAUCAUUGUCCUUUGCUAGUGGAGGCAAGUGGUAUGUCGAGGGGGAAGAGCCCUUUUAGAUUUGAAAAUAUGUGGUUAAAGGUAGAGGGUUUUGUGGACAAGGUUUGUCAUUGGUGGAAUGGUUAUCAUUUCGUGGGACCUCCAAGUUACGUUCUAGCUUGUAAGUUGAAAGCCCUUAAAAGGGAUUUGAAGCAUUGGAACAAGCAUGUUUUUGGAGAUGUAGCUUUUAGAAAAAAGAGUCUAUUGACUGAGCUCUUAGACAUUGACAUGAGAGAAGAGAUGCAGGUGUUGACUCAAGAGGACAAGGCUACAAGGCAAGCCAAUCAGAUUAAGGGAGUGGAGGUGGAUGGAAUUCUCUUUGAGGAGGAGUCAGAUGAACCGGAAGCUUGGAGAGCUACUAUUGAUGGGUUAGAGUUCACUUGUCUAGACGAAACUGAGAGGUCUAUGUUGGAGAGAGAGUUUGAGAAGGAGGAGAUUAUUGAGGCUCUUAAGGAGGUGGAAGGCGAUAAGGCCCUUGGGCCAGAUGGGUUUACUAUGGCUUUCUAUCAGAAAUGUUGGAGUGUUUUAGAAGGGGAUGUAUUGGCUUUCUUCAAAUAUUUUCACAGCCAGUGUGUUUUUGAGAAAUCUCUUAAUGCCACAUUUCUAUGUUUGAUCCCCAAGAAGAGUAAUGCAGUAAAUAUCAAAGACUUUCAUCCUAUUAGUCUUGUGGGCAGCCUUUAUAAACUUUUGGCUAAGGUGUUGGCUCAUAGGCUACGAGGGGUUUUGGAUAAACUGAUAUCUGACUCUCAAAAUUCUUUUGUGGGAGGGAGACAGAUUCUUGAUUAA